AUGGAAUCGGAGCCGGCGGUGCCAUGGAUCCAUCAAUGGCUAGCUUCCAUAGAUGCUGUCUUAGGCAUUUAUGCAAGCAAGUUCGAGGACUUUGGAUAUGACAGCAGGAACAUCUUAUCCCAGACGACGACGGAGGAGUUGAAAUCAGACCUGGUGGAGAUGUGCGUGAAGCAAGCACACGGCCGCAUGAUUCUAAAACAUCAUGCCAAGUUACAGGAGGCGACAACUUCAGAUGCAGAAACCUCGUCUCCCGUGCAAGCAUCUUCGCCAGAGGCAGUGAAAGGAAUUGCACAAGGGCUACCCCGUUUCGUGGCUGAUGCGAUCGACUUUCAGAGGGAUUUUCCCAUGCCUCGAGAACGCGGAACGAGGCCCAAAGUCUUCAUUCCCGUGCUGUGUCUGCGAUGGGCACAGGGAAGGAUUCAUGGCCAGAUGGUGUUCACGUCUGGCGCCUUCAAGGACCGUUCUAUGUUCGAGCUUUUCAUCGACCUGGCGACGGGGCGCCAGCGUGUCGAGGAGAUAGAACCUCUUGAGGCGGGCACUAUUCCAGGGAGCGCCUAA